CCGGUACCCUGACCAGUCCGAGUCCCUCGAAUUCGAGCCUUAGAGAACAGCCUUCCGAGUGGCAGAUGCUGCGUACUUAAUGAGAUCCCGAGCUUAAAUGGCAUUGACGGCAUACCUUCUUUCAAAUUGAAUGGAUAUAAGUCACGGGCAUCUCCAUUUUGUUUCCGCUUGCAGCUGUUUGCUUUCCGGUACGUGCAAUAAAACUCAACGGGUAACUGGUAACAGGCUUCAGUCCAACCAUGGCUGCCAACUAUCUACCUCCUGGAUUUGCCUAUCUAUCCCCAGAUAUUCUUCCCCUUGCCAUUCCAUGCGUCGCUAUCUGUGUUAUUCAAUAUGUCUGGGGCUCUCAGUUUUCCGUCAUGGCUAUGCUUUCUCGUUCCUCUGUUCCUACAUCCUCUCUCUGUUCGAUCUCGUAUCUACUUCACAAACUUUAUCGUCAGCAGAGAUGUUGCUACACGGAAUGCCCUUAUAGUUCCGACCAUCCAGGAAAGCAGUAUCUCAAUCUUACGGCGUAUCGUGCGCAGCGUCAAGCAUAGAUAUCCGGACGAAGCGUUUCAUGACUGGAGCGAAAAAUACGGAAGCACUUUCUCUUUCACCUUCUUUUCGGACACAAGGGUUUUUACAACUGAGAUAGAGCACAUCAAGGUAUGUUAACACCAAUAAUCUAUCCGGAGAUGGCUGCUCGCUUACGAUCGGAGAUUCUUGAAAAAGUUGGUCCCGGACACCCUCUUGCGAAGACAUCCGUGGAAUGCAAUAUUUAUGAA